GUUAGUAAUAACAGGAUAUAACUCAAACUGCAUGGAUAAAAUCUAUAAAGUGAUGUUUAUUUAUAAUACGUUUACGGUAAAAGAGGAAUAAAACAACAUAAAAUAAUUAUACAUCAGGGUGGAAAAAUGAGCUAGCUAAAUGCUGUGUAAGGUUACAGACUCGCUGUUCAUCAGCAAUGCGCGCUCAGCCUGCAGUGAUGAGCUUCUCCAGAAGGAGGCAGUGACUCUCUGUAUCAACGUGUCCAAGCAGCAGCCCUGUCCUUCAGCACGUGUCAGCACUCUGCGCGUGCCCGUUUACGACGACCCCAACGAGGACCUGCACGCGCACUUCGAUAGCUGCGCUGAUGUCAUACUCCGUGAAGCUGCGCGCGGCGGCCGAACGGUCGUCUACUGCAAAAAUGGCCGCAGUCGCUCGGCCACAAUAUGCAUCGCCUACCUCAUGAAGCACCAGAGCUUGUCCUUAACCGAGGCGUAUGAGGUAGACAUCUGUGGUAAAAAAAGCUCGUUCAGUGGUGGAACCAAACCCAGGCUUUAGGGCCCAACUGGAGCGAUACGAGCAGGAGCUAAAGACCAGGAGGUCAGAAAGCAGCAGUCUGAAUAUCUUGCCAUCUUAAAACAAACAAACAACAAGCUCCACACCGAGGCUCCUGUUGAUCUUAUUCCAGCUAGUUAGCUGCUAUGUAAAUCAAAAUCAAUAAAAGACUACAGAUUGUUCUCUUGAAAAUCAUACCCAUUAAUGACAUGGAUGUAACACAAACGCCUGCGGUUUAGACCCCUUUCACUUCAGCUACUAGUUCACGGAAGACGUAUAUCACAAAAUAAAUCUAAUAUCUCUUAAACGA